AUGUUCAGCAAAUCCGUCUGGGCCAUCGCACGACGUUCCAAUCCAUAUGUCUGCCUAUUCUGCGUGAGAAGAACAUUCGAGCGUUCCUUCGUUUUAUCUCUGCCUCGCCAUGAUGCGGUAACGGAUAUUUCAUCGGGCUCCAGUCACACGACCGAGAUCCUCCUCAACUCAGAUCUGAGUUCGAAUCAUACAAAGGUUGGCCAGGAUAACAAUCCACAAGGGCAAUUAAAUAAUUGCGAGGAUGGAAAUCCAAAUAUCCCUAGUGAUGAUCAACAUCAACUAGAAAAUGAAUCACAUUCGACGAAGGGUGACGUAAAGACCAUCAAAUCUUCAAAAAAGGCGGCAGGAACAGUUCGGAGAGUUAUUUCUUCGAGAUCUGUGGUACGGAGAGUAUCUGUGGCUCCUUUUGACGGAACAAAGAAUCCAGCUACGGCGAAACCGAAGUCUCGCAAACGACGACAUGAUGAGUUCGCCAGCGUUCAUGCCGGAUUAUCUGCACAAUCGGACAUUUUAGAACCUCCAAAAGGGAAAAUUACAGCUUUAAACACACAGUCCACAGCGGUGCCUGGUCUCGCAUAUGGCCUUGACCGGGUAUUAUUCAAUCCGGGAGUAUAUCACCUUCGCGAUCCAAGAUCUCGCGUGUAUAAUUUCGACCCAUACCUUAGCUCCAUCAUGCCGGUUUCCGAGUUUGAUUUUAAAGCAUUGGGCGAUUACAUUACGAGUUCGCAGGACGUUAUUCUUAGAAAAAUAGCUAGAGAGCAGGGGAAAAAAUACAUAGGAUCGUCAUCGAGUAUGACAAGUGUCCUAUCGCAUUUCCACUUUCUUCUUUCAGCAUGGCGGCCGCUUGAUUUGAAAAUGAUAUCCCGAGGAUUUUCCGAUGAGAUGCAAACAUUUACGCGGCUUACCAGGGCACCCUCUGCUGUAUUUUUGCGAUACAAAGAUGGGGUAUACGCUAUUGAUGCGGAUAAAGAAUUUGACUCAGCAAAUGUCUUGAUGAAUCUGGGGAAAUCUAUGGAAAAGCUUCUCACGAUGCCAACGGACGAAUUUGAACGCUAUCGAAGAAUGCCGGGCGAAGAGCCAGUACCAGGUGAAGCGGCACCUGAAAGCUACCAUUACUCGACAUACGGAGACUUUUUAAUGCGAGCGCAACUUGACGCAUAUGAUCCUCGCCUUCCCGGCACCGGCAUGUUUGAUCUGAAAACCCGCGCGGUCGUAUCUGUUCGAAUGGAUUCCAGCAACUUCACGCGGGGGGCGGGCUACGAAAUUCGGAGCCGGUUCGGGGACUACGAGUCCUUCGAACGAGAAUAUUUCGAUAUGGUCCGGUCGGCGUUUCUAAAGUAUUCGCUUCAGGUGCGAAUUGGACGAAUGGAUGGUAUAUUUGUUGCGUUUCACAAUGUUCGACGGAUCUUUGGGUUCCAGUAUGUUUCUCUGCCCGAAAUGGACAAAGCGCUUCAUGGCCAAGAAGAUACGACUUUGGGAGACGUAGAGUUCAUGCAUAGCGUGGCUCUGUGGAAUAAAAUCCUGGACAAGGUCAGCGCUCGAUUUCCCGAACAAUCACUGCGAUUCCACUUUGAGACACGGACAGGGGUUCUGCCGUUCAUGUAUAUUUUCGCGGAACCAGUGACGGAGGAGCAGAUUGAUGAAAUCCAAACGCGCAACCAAGAGCAGAUCGAGCGAAUUCAGAAGCAGCUUUUGUACCCAGAACUUUGCGACAGCUCAGAGGAAGCGCCAGCGGCUGAAGUAACAUCGCCACCAUCAGAAGAGACGCAGGCCGAGAAGGACGGGGAGCAGGCAGACUCCAACCAGGCGGAGGAAUCUGCACAGUCCGUGGUGGGGAUGACGUUGCAUGUUUACCACAAGGUGAACGGGUCGCACGUCGAGCGGCCCCAGGACCUGACGGCGGACGACAAGUGGGAAGUCGACUACAAGCUCACAGUGCUGCCCUCGUCGCGAGCGCAGGUGCUAUUCCAGGCAUGCCAGCGGCGGCGAGAGAAGCAGUACAAGGAAACGGAAGGGUCGGAGGCGGACUUUUAUCGACGGAAAUUGUGGUCCAUCAGUGACCGGGGCAUCAAAUGGAGGGAAGCGCAGGACAAGCUGGACCAGGAACAUGGGAUUGUGCAGUUGGGCGGAUAG